GAAACAGCUGUCAAAACAGAAAGGUGAAAAAAGUUCAAUGCAAAUGUUUAGCUGAAAACUUUUUGUGUUUAGUGCUGCAGAUACGGGAGAGAAAAAGAAAAACGCAGUGACAACUGAAUAAUUUAGACCCUCGGCUAGCCUGCUGCCCGAAGCUGGACCAUAUACCGCCGCUUCCGCUAUAAAUGGAUGACGAUCUCACCGAGUACGCACCGGACAUCCCGGAUAAUGUGCUGGAGCUGAUUUUCUCCUACCUGAAGCUGCAGGAUUUGCGAAACUGUUCGCUGGUGUGCAAGAGCUGGAAUCGAUUCCUAAACGACGAGAACAAUGAGGUGUGGCGAGCGCAAUGCAUGCAGAAACUGUCGCCGGAUGCUUUCAAGACCGAUCUACUGUCGGUCGUGCCGAGCUACAAAUCAAAGCUAAGGGCUUUCUAUCACGCCUGGAAUCCGUACGAUUGCAGUCGACAUGUUUACAUCAAACCGAAUGGCUUCACGCUGCACAGAAAUCCAGUAGCACAGAGUACGGACGGUUCUCGUGGGAAAAUCGGUUUCCAGCAUGGAAGGCAUGCGUGGGAGGUCAGAUGGGAGGGUCCGCUGGGUACGGUAGCUGUCGUUGGGAUUGCUACCAAGGAUGCUGCAAUACAAUGCCAUGGAUAUUAUGCUUUACUGGGGGCCGACGAUCAAAGUUGGGGCUGGAAUUUGGUAGACAAUCUGUUGUUGCACAACGGUGAUGCGCACGGGAUCUAUCCGCUGCUCAACAAUGCCCCCAAAUAUAAGGUUGGCGAGAGAAUUCGUGUGAUUCUGGACUGCGACGAUAAUACGCUAUCUUUCGAGAAGAAUUACGAGUUUUUAGGAGUAGCCUUUACAGACCUACCGGACAAGGUGUUUUAUCCGACGGUUGCAGCAGUGUACGGAAAUACGGAGAUUUCGAUGGUUUAUCUUGGCCCUCCGCUUGAUGGCUAGAUACACUUAUUGGUAGGAUAUACCCCGGGUAUGGCAGGACUUACCCGCCUUUCGAUUCAGCGCGAUUCGACUGUAGCGAAUAGUAAAUGUUUAGCGUCCACCACGUGCCGCUACUCUACAUAAAUCACACACUCUCUCUAUAUAUCUCCGGUGCUUUUCUGCCACUGCAGAUUGGUUAAAAAAAACCAACAACUGAAAAACACAAUCUUCUGCUAGUAGAAAGAAGGUUUAUAUCACACUUUUUGAUGUGUAACGGAUAAGAGAAACGGCAAGAUUAUGUUUGUUAAUUUUUUUGUUGAUCGCCAUAUGAGUAUUAGCAUUGACCAUUCCAUGUAUUGAUUCCUAGGUUGUGCAUAGUAUUUUUAAAUUUAAUUUAUUUCGUUAGUCUUAGGUAGGAUUUUGAGGCUUUAUUAUUUAUUUCUUAUUUAUUUUACAUUACCCUAAGGAAAAAAGACCAUUUAUGUUACUAGUAAACCAAAGAACGCCAUUUGCAUUUAUAGAUAAAUAUUAUUGGCUGAUGUAUCUAACCGAAGACAAGUUACUAUAUAUACACAGACACACGGAGAUAGACACAGCAAUAGUCACACUGUUAGCUUCGAAUGCGGGAAGCGAAACAAAAUAUGCUAUGGAAAACGAGAAAGAAUUACUCCAAUUGUGAACUGACAGAAAAUCCAAUCAAGAAAAGUCAAUGAAAUAUAAGCGCGAAAAAAAAACCGUGGCGACGUUUCCCCUGAA